AUGACAGAGCCCACUGAAACUUCUGCACCGCCAAAACCGGUCCACACCAUUGUCCUCGAUGCCGGGCCACUUAUCAAGAACAUCCCACCCAUAUCCACCCUCCUCGCACAGUCCCACGUCCUCCUCACAACCCCAGCAGUUGUUUCCGAAAUUCGUGACCCGGAUGCCCGCCAGAGAGUGGAAACAUUAUACCUACCUUUCGUCGAGCGAAGGUCACCCAAACCUGAAAGUCUGAAAGUUGUCUCUGAAUUUGCAAGGAAGACUGGCGAUCGGGAGGUGCUAAGUCGGACAGAUUUGGAGAUUUUGGCACUGGCGUAUGAGGUGGAGUGUGAGAGAAAUGGAGGCGAUUGGAGGCUAAGAAAAGUCCCAGGACAAAAGGGAAUCAAUGGCGUCCCACCGUCAAAAGAGCAGCAGUGGAAGGCGGGGACCGAGCAGAAUGAGGCACAGGAAAAGUCGUCCGAAACCUCAGAUGAAGCGGCGGGGCCUGUGGCAGUGGAUGCUUCAAUAGAUGAUGUCGUGGAAGGUUUGGAGGAAACUACCCUGGAAGAGCCCAGCCAGCCUGCUGAACAGAGCUCUACUCCGCCUACUAAUGAGCCUGAACGAAUUGCGAUGCCCGAAGCUGGCUCUGAAGAUUCUGAGGGGAAUUCGCAGGACGAGCAGGCGUCAGAUUCAGAUGACGGCUGGAUUACACCGUCUAAUAUCAAACAACGGCAGGCUCGCGACGCAGCAAAAGCUGCAGCUUCCGUUGAAACAAAAACCAUGCAAGUUGCAACGAUAACAACAGAUUUUUCCAUGCAGAACGUGCUACUUCAGAUGAACCUUAACCUUCUCUCGACGAACAACCUCGAAAGAAUAAGGCGUCUCAAGUCGUACAUACUUCGCUGUCAUGGCUGCUUCUUUACUACCAGAGAAAUGACAAAACAAUUUUGCCCUCGAUGCGGCCAGCCCACACUCACCCGUGUUUCCUGCUCUACAACAGCGACAGGUGAAUUUAAGAUGCACUUGAAGAAGAACAUGCAAUGGAACAACAGAGGAAACAAAUUCAGCAUUCCAAAGCCUAUCGCAGGCACAUCAAGCGGAAAGUGGAACGGGGACGGAGGCGGCAAAGGAGGCUGGGGAACGGAGUUGAUCCUUGCGCCGGACCAAAAGGAAUAUACUAGAGCCGUCGCAGAAAACGGAAGAAGGGCUAGGAAAGGACGGGACCUCAUGGAUGAGGAUUACCUUCCGGGUAUCCUGACCGGAGAACGAACCCGAACUGGCGGAAGAGUCAAAGUAGGGGCCGGUCGAAACGUUAAUUCGAGGAGACGAAGAUAA